UGUAAGAUUGGCUACUACCGUGCCCUGGCCACAGACGGUGCCUGCUCCAAGUGUCCUCCCCACAGCUACUCUGUUAGAGAGGGAUCCACGUCCUGUGCCUGCGACAAGGGCUACUUCCGCUCUGAGACUGACCCUGCAUCCAUGCCCUGCACCAGUAAGUGUACACACACACACACACACACACACACAUAAGCAUGCACACACACACGCAGCUCACAUGCAUAGUGGUUUGCACACACCGCUGGUGUUGCAUUCUGAUUCCAGGUGGUACUUAGUGAUCAGUCAAUGUGACAUAGAACUAAUUAGGAAAUAAAACACUGCAUCCAAGAUUCACUCUUCCAUCAGAGAGAGAGAGAGAGAGAGAGAGAGAGAGAGAGAGAGAGAGAGAGAGAGAGAGAGAGAGAGAGAGAGAGAGAGAGAGAGAGAGAGAGAGGCUUCAAUCUAUAGAGUCCCAUCUACCAGGUGUGAAACAGGGAAGGGACUCAGGGGGUAUGCUAAUUUGGUAUAGAGCAGACCUAACUCACUCUAUUAAAUUAAUGAAAACAGGAACAUUUUACAUUUGGCUACAAAUUCAAAAGGAAAUGAUCUCAACAGAGAAAAAUGUCCUCCUGUGUGCUACCUAUAUAACCCCACUAGAAUCACCAUACUUUAAUGAAGACAGCUUCUCCAUCCUGGAGGGAGAAAUCAAUCAUUUCUAGACCCAGGGACAUGUACUAGUCUGUGGUGACCUAAAUGCCAGAACUGUACAAUAAUCUGACACCAUCAGCACACAGGGGGACAAACACCUACCUGGAGGUGACAGCAUUCCCUCCCCCAUAUGCCGCCCUAGGCACAACUACGACAACAUAACCAACAAAAACGGGUCACAACUCCUGCAGCUCUGUCGCACGCUGGGUAUGUACAUAGUCAAUGGUAGUCUUCGAGGGGACUCCUAUGGUAGGUACACCUAUAGCUCAUCUUUUGGCAGUAGUACUGUAGACUACUUUAUUACUGACCUCAACCCAGAGUCUCAGAGCGUUCACAGUCAGCCCGCUGACACCCCUUUCAGACCACAGCAAAAUCACAGUCUACUUGAACAGAGCAAUACUCAAUCAUGAGGCAUCAAAGCCAAAGGAACUGAAUAAUAUUAAGAAAUGCUAUAGAUGGAAGGAAAGUAGUGUUGAAACCUACCAGAAAACAAUUAGGUAACAACAAAUUCCUUUUAAACAACUUCCUGGACAAAACGUUCAACUGUAAUAGUGAAGGUGUAAACUUGGCAGUAGAAAACCUAAACAGUAUAUUUGACCUCUCAGCUUCCCUAUCAAAUCUAAAAAUCUCUAACAGAAAACCGACAAAUGACAAAUGGUUUGAUGAAGAAUGCAAAAACCUAAGAAAGAAAUUCAGAAAACUAUCCAACCAAAAACAUAGAGACCCAGAAAAUCUGAGCCUACGCCUUCACUAUGGUGAAUCACUAAAACAAUACAGAAAUACACUACGGAAAAAGAAGGAACAGCAUGACAGAAAUCAGCUCAAUGUAAUUGAAGAAUCCAUAGACUCUAACCACUUCUGGGAAAAUUGGAAAACACUAAUCAAACAACAACACGGAGAACUAUCUAUCCAAAACGGAGAUGAAUGGGUAAACCACUUCUCCAAUCUUUUUGGCCCUAUAACAAAGAACAAUCCUCAAUGAAAUGAUAAAAUAUACAGACAACAAAUUCCAAUUGGCUAUCCUUAAACUAUUUAACAUCAUCAUUAGCUCUGGCAUCUUCCCCGAUAUUUGGAACAAGGACUGAUCACUCCAAUCCACAAAAGUGGAGACAAAUUUGACCACAAUAAUUACCGUGGGAUAUGCGUCAACAGCAACCUUGGGAAAAUCCUCUGCAUUAUCAUUACAUUUACAUUUUACAUUUUAGUCAUUUAGCAGACGCUCUUAUCCAGAGCGACUUACAGGAGCAAUUAGGGUUAAGUGCCUUGCUCAAGGGCACAUUAACGUCAUUUAGCAGACGCUCUUAGCCAGAGCGACUCACAAAUUGGUGCGUUCACCCUAUAGCCAGUGGGAUAACCACUUUACAAUUGGGGGGGGGGGGGGGGGGGGGGGGGGGGGGGGGGGGUAGAAGGAUUCCUUUAUCCUAUCCCAGGUAUUCCUUAAAGAGGUGGGGUUUCAAAUGUCUCCGGAAGGUGGUGAGUGACUCCGCUGUCCUGGCGUCGUGAGGGAGCUUGUUCCACCAUUGGGGUGCCAGAGCAGCGAACAGUUUUGACUGGAUUUCAUUAACAGCAGACUAGUUAAUUUCCUCAGUGAAAACAAUGUACUGAGCAAAUGUCAAAUAGGCUUUUUCCCAAAUUACCGUAAGACAGACCACGUAUUCACCCUGCACACCCUAAUUGACAAACAAACCAAAACAAAGGCAAAGUCUUCUCAUGCUUUAUUGAUUUCAAAAAAGGGUUUGAUUCAAUUUGGCAUGAGGGUCUGCUAUACAAAUUGAUGGAAAGUGGUGUUGGGGCAAAAACAUACGACAUUAUGAAAUCCAUGUACACAAACAACAAGUAUGCGGAUAAAAAAACACACAUUUCUUUCCACAGGGCCGUGGGGUGAGCCAGGGAUGCAGUUUAAGCCCCAACCUCUUCAACAUAUAUAUAUAUAUAUAUAUAUAUAUAUAUAUAUAUAUAUAUAUAUCAACGAAUUGGCGAGGGCACUAGAACAGUCUGCAGCACCCGGCCUCACCCUAUUAGAAUCUGAAGUCAAAUGUCUACUGUUUGCUGAUGAUCUGGUGCUUCUGUCACCAACCAAGGAGGGCCUACAGCUGCACCUAGAUCUUCUGCACAGAUUUUGUCAGACCUGGGCCCUGACAGUAAAUGUCAGUAAGACAAAAAUAAUGGUGUUCCAAAAAAGGUCCAGUUGCCAGGACCACAAAUACAAAUUCCAUCUAGACACCGUUGCCAUAGAGCACACAAAAAACUAUUCAUACCUCGGCCUAAACAUCAGCGCCACAGGUAACUUCCACAAAGCUGUGAACGAUCUGAGAGACAAGGCAAGAAGGGCCUUCUAUGCCAUCAAAAGGAACAUAAAAUUCGACAUACCAAUUAGGAUCUGGCUAAAAAUAGUUGAAUCAGUUAUAGAACCCAUUGCCCUUUAUGGUUGUGAGGUCUGGGGUUCGCUCACCAACCAAGAAUUCACAAAAUGGGACAAACACCAAAUUGAGACUGCAUGCAGAAUUCUGCAAAAAUAUCCUCAGCGUACAACGAAAAACACCAAAUAAUGUAUGCAGUAGUCACACGCCUACAGUGAUAACAAACACAUUUUACAUUUUGAUCAUCUUCCUCCAUGACCAUUGCCCCCUCUCUUUCCAUCUUUCUCCCCUAUAAUCUCUCUUGUGAAUCACAUCACACACCUAGUUAUACUAUACGAUCACCUUGGGUACAUACAGUGCAUUCGGAAAGUAUUCAGACCCCUUGACUUUUUCAAAUCAAAUUUUAUUUGCCACAUGCACCGAAUACAACAGGUGUAGACCUUAAACCUUUACAUACACCUUAGCCAAAUACAUCUAAACUCAGUUUUUCACAAUUCCUGACAUUUAAUCCUAGUAAGAAUUCCCUGUCUUAGGUCAGUUAGGAUCACCACUUUAUUUUAAGAAUGUGAAAUGUCAGAAUAAUAGUAGAGAGAAUGAUUUAUUUCAGCUUUUAUUUCUUUCAUCACAUUCCCAGUGGGUCAGAAGUUUACAUACACUCAAUUAGUAUUUGGUAGCAUUGCCUUUAAAUUGUUUAACUUGGGUCAAACAUUUCGGGUAGCCUUCCACAAGCUUCCCACAAUAAGUUGGGUGAAUUUUGGCCCAUUCCUCCUGACAGAGCUGGUGUAACUGAGUCAGGUUUGUAGGCCUCCUUGCUCGCACACGCCUUUUCAGUUCUGCCUACAUAUUUUCUAUAGGAUUGAGGUCAGGGCUCUAUGAUGGCCACUCCAAUACCUUGACUUUGUUGUCCUUAAGCCAUUAAGCCACAACUUUGGAAGUAUGCUUGGAGUCAUUGUCCAUUUGGAAGACCCAUUUGCGACCAAGCUUUAACUUCCUAACUGAUGUCUUGAGAUGUUGCUUCAAUAUAUCCACAUAAUUUUCCUUCCUCAUGAUGCCAUCUAUUUUGUGAAGUGCACCAGUCCCUCCUGCAGGAAAACACCCCCACAGCAUGAUGCUGCCACUCCCGUGCUUCACGGUUGGGAUGGUGUUCUUCGGCUUGCAAGCGACCCCCUUUUUCCUCCAAACAUAACGAUGGUCAUUAUGGCCAAACAGUUAUAUUUUUGUUUCAUCAGACCAGAGGACAUUACUCCAAAAAGUACGAUCUUUGUCCCCAUGUGCAGUUGCAAACCGUAGUCCGGCUUUUUUAUGGCGGUUUUGCAGCAGUGACUUCUUCCUUGCUGAGCGGCCUUUAAGCUUAUGUCGAUAUAGGACUCAUUUUACUGUGGAUAAAGAUACUUUUGUACCUGUUUCCUCCAGCAUCUUCACAAGGUCCUUUGCUGUUUUUUGGGGAUUGAUUUGCACUUUUCGCACCAAAGUACGUUAAUCUCUAGGAGACAGAACGCGUCUCCUUCCUGAGCGGUAUGACGGCUGCGUGGUCCCAUGGUGUUCAUACUUGCGUACUAUUGUUUGUACAGAUGAACGUGAUACCUUCAGGUGUUUGGAAAUUGCUCCCAAGGAUGAACCAGACUUGUGGAGGUCUACAAUUUUAUUUCUGAUUUGGCUGAUUUAUUUUGAUUUUCCCAUGAUGUCAAGCAAAGAGGCACUGAGUUUGAAGGUAGACCUUGAAAUACAUCCACAGGUACAUCUCCAAUUGACUCAAUUAGCCUAUCAGAAGCUUCUAAAGACAUUACAUCAUUUUCUGGAAUUUUCCAAGCUGUUUAAAGGCACAGUCAACUUCUGACCCACUGGAAUUGUGAUACAGUGAAUUAUAAGUGAAAUAAUCUGUCUGUCAACAAUUGUUUUAAAAAUUACUUGUGUCAUGCACAAAGUAGAUGUCCUAACCGACUUGCUAAAACUAUAGUUUGUUAAAAAGAAAUUUGUGGAGUGGUUGAAAAACGAGUUUUAAUGACUCCAACCUAAGUGUAUGUAAACUUCCGACUUCAACUGCACAUGUGGGUAGAGUUAAAGUGAUUAUGCAUAGAUAAUAAACAGAGAGUAGCAGCAGUGUAAAAGAGGGGGUGGGGUGUAGUGCCUUGUGGUCGGAGGCCGAGCAGUUGCCAUACCAGGCGGUGAUGCAACCAUUCAGGAUGCUCUCGAUGGUGCAGCUGUAGAACUCUUUGAGGAUCUGAGGACCCAUGCAAAAUCUUUUCAGUCUCCUGAGGGGGAAUAGUCUUUGUCGUGCCCUCUUCAGGACUGUCUUGGUGUGUUUAGACCAUGAUAGUUUGUUGGUGAUGUGGACACCAAGGAACUUGAAGCUCUCAACCUGUUCCACUACAGCCCUGUCGAUGAGAAUGGGGGCAUGCUCAGUCCUCUUUUUUUUUCUGUAGUGCACAAUCAUCUCCUUUGUCUUGAUCACGUUGAGGGAGAGGUUGUUAUCCUGUCACCACACGGCCAGAUCUCUGACCUCCUCCCUAUAGGCUGUCUCAUCAUUGUCGGCGAUCAGGCCUACCACUGUUGUGUCGUCUGCAAACUUAAUGAUGGUUUUGGAGUCGUGCCUGGCCAUGCAGUCAUGGGUGAACAGGGAGUACAGGAGGGGACUGAGCACGCACCCCUGAGGGGCCUCCGUGUUGAGGAUCAGCGUGGCAGAUGUGUUGUUACCUACCCUUACCACCUGGGGGUGGCGCGUCAGGAAGUCAAGGAUCCAGUUGCAGAGGGAGGUGUUUAGUCCCAGGGUCCUUAGCUUAGUGAUGAGCUUUGAGGGCACUAUGGUGUUGAACGCUGAGCUGUAGUCAUUUUGUUACGUUACAGCCUUAUUCUAAAAAUGUUCCCUAAUCUACACACAAUACCCCAUAAUGACAAAGCAAAAACAGGUUUUUAGAAAUGUUUGUAAAUGUAUUAAAAAUAAAAAACUGAAAUAUAACAUUUACAUACAGUACCAGUCAAAAGUUUGGACACACCUACUCAUUCAAGGGUUUUGCUUUAUUUUUACUAUUUUCUACAUUGUAGAAUAAUAGUGAAGACAUCAAAACUAUGAAAUAACACAUAUGGAGUCAUGUAGGAACCAAAAAAGUGUUAAACAAAUCAAAAUAUAUUUUAUAUAUGAGAUUCUUCAAAGUAGCCACCCGUACUUUCAGUAUUCAGACCCUUUACUCAGCACUUUGUUGAAGCGACUUUGGCAGCGGUUACAGCCUCAAGUCUUCUUGGGUAUAACGCUACAAGCUUGGCACACCAGUAUUUGGGGAGUUUCUCCCAUUCUUCUCUUCAGAUCCUCUCAAGCUCUGUCAGAUUGGAUGGGGAGCGUCGCUGCACAGCUAUUUUCAGGUCUCUCCAGAGAUGUUCGAUCGGGUUCAAGUCCGGGCUCUGGCUGGGCCACUCAAGGACAUUCAGAGACUUGUCCCGAAGCCACUCCUGCGUUGUCUUGGCUGUGUGCUUAGCAUCGUUGUCCUGUUGGAAGGUGAACCUUCACCCCAGUCUGUGGUCCUGAGCGCUCUGGAGCAGGUUUUCAUCAAGGAUCUCUCUGUACUUUGCUCCGCUAAUCUUUCUCUGGAUCCUGACUAGUCUCCCAGUCCCUGCCGCUGAAAAACAUCCUCACAGCAUGAUGCUGCCUCCAUCAUGCUUCACCGUAGGGAUGGUGCCAGGUUUCCUCCAAACGUGACUCUUGGCAUUCAGGCCAAAUAGUUCAAUCUUGGUUUCAUCAGAUAAUCUUGUUUCUCAUGGUCUGAGAGCCCUUUAGGGGUCUUUUGGCUGUCAUGUGCCUUUUACUCUACCAUAAAGGCGUGAUUGGUGGAGUGCUGCUGAGAUGGUUGUCCUUCUGGAAGAUUCUCCCAUCUCCACAGAGGAAGUCUGGAGCUCUGCCAGAGUGACCAUCAGGUUCUUGGUCACCUCCCUGACCAAGGCGCUUCUCCCCCGAUUGCUCAGUUUCAGAGUCUUGGUGGUUCCAAACUUCUUCCAUUUAAGAAUAAUGGAGGCCACUGUGUUCUUGGGGAUCUUCAAUGCUGCAGAAAUGUUUUGGUACCCUUUCCCAGAUCUGUGCCUCGACACAAUCCAGUCUUGGAGCUCUACGGACAAUUCCUUCGACCUCAUGGCUUGGUUUUUGCUCAGACAUGCACUGUCAACUGUGGGUCCUUAUAUAGACAGGUGUGUGCCUUUCCAAAUCUUGUCCAAUCAAUUGAAUUUACCACAGGUGGACUCCAAUCAAGUUGUAGAAACAUCUCAAGGAUGAUAAAUGGAAACAGGAUGCACCUGAGCUCGAUUUCGAGUCUCAUAGCAAAUGAUCUGAAUUCUUAUGUAAAUAAGGUAUUUCUGUUUUAGUACAUUUGCAAAAAAAUAUAAAAACCUGUUUUCGCUUUCUCAUUAUGGGGUAUUGUGUGUAGAGUGAUGAGGUUAUAUAUAUAUAAAAAAAAAAGAAUAAGCCUGUAACGUAACAAAAUGUGGAAAAAUCAAGGCGUCUGAUUUUUUUCCUAAUGCACUGUACAUAACCAAACAAUGUUUGCAGUGUGAAUCUGUGAAACAAAAAGAAACACAGCUACAUAUCAGUUUAACUAUGCUGCCUUUCUCAAUGGGAGGAAGUCUAUUUAUCUGCUACUGGCAGGGUCUGAUUUAAUAGGGUCUUAGCUACGUUAUGGGGGAACCUGAUCCUGAAUGUUAAAAACACAAAGAUGGGGCCUUGUACGUGACUCUGUGACCUGUCUGUGAGUUGGGUGACCUUUGACAUUUGACUCCUGUGUGUCUGUCUGACCGUGUUUUAUUUUUCUGUGGUGAUCUGGGUUUCUACCACGUUAGCCCUUAUAAUCACAGCUGUCACUCAAGCAUUCAUCCCCCACAUCUCUCUCCCCUCUUCCUUUCUCUCUCUCUCUCUCUCUCUCCUCUCCUUGUCUCGCUUGUCUUCUUGUCUCGCUCUCUUGUCUUUCUCUCUCGCUCUCAUGUCUGCCAUCUCUCUCUCCUCAUCUCUCCUCUCAUCUCCUCUCUCUCUCUUUCUCUCUCUCUCAAUCUCCUCUCUCUCUCUCUCCUCUCUCUCUCCCCUCUCUCUCUCCUCCCGUCCCUCUCCCUCUCUCUCUCUCUCUCUCUCUUCUUUGUCUUGCACAAAACACACUCAGCGUCACGAACACAGACUAAGUUCGCCCUGCUGGAGGUCAGACAGGGAAAAUGCUAUUAUCCCUGGUAAUUGGUGUGUGUGUUGUGUAUGCGUGCAUGUGCGUGUGUGUGUUGUGUGUGCGUGUGUGGGUAAUUGAAAACAUUUCUCCCCCCUCUUAGCUCAGGGUCCUCUGAUGGCGGUUGAUGAUUAUAACUGGAUGCUGUGUAAUCCCACAGACUUGUGCAGCGUGGAUAGCCCCCCCCCCCCCCCCCCCCCAGCCUCCAUAUCCCUCUCCCCCACUAUCCUCUCCAUCCCAAUUCCCUCACCUCACCUCACCCCACCCCACCCCACCCCUCCACUCUCCCUCCCUCUCUUUUUCUGUCUCAGUAAUUGUUGGCUGAGUGCUGAGUUGGGAGAUAGGAAAAGUGGGAAAGAUGGAGGCAAAAGGGAGAACGAAAGAAUGUUGAUGAACAAGGAUCCCUCCUUCUCUUUGUCCUAAUGCUCAGUUGACAUGGUGGAAAUAGUUUCAGGUAACGAUGCGGUAACGUCUUGGUAACGAUGUGGUAACGUUUUGGUAAAGUUUAGGUAGCACACACACACACCUCACCCUCUCCUAAACCACCAGCCCUCCAGCCCCAGGGCUCAAUGCCAUUCGCUGGUCCUGCCAAGUACCCGGCCGCCUCAGUGAUUGACAGGCUAUUUGGCCCAAUCGGUGUCCUGGCUGUCUGAAACGCACCUCUCACAUAAUCCCUCUUUUGUCCUACUCUUCUGGUCCAGUACCCUUGGGUGGAAUACAACCCUCUAGACUUCCCAGCUAUUAUGGAAACGGGUACAGUAGAGAGGAACUCCUUGAAAGCUGAGCCUUCAAAUCAAGCUGUCAAUCAAGAGGAAAGGGUAGCGCCGUCGCCAGAGUCGGAAAAGUGUCAGCUAGGUUACAAUUUGAGGCAUGUGUAGUGUAGUGUAGUGUAGUGUAGUGUAGGCCUUAUGGGCUGAGAACCUGGCUCAGAGGAGACACUGGGCCAAAUGGGGUGACAUUUGUUUGUUAAUUGUGUUGGAAUGCCCAUGGCUUUGGUUACAUUGCACCUCGCAGCCCUGCCAAUAAAGCAUAGUUUAAUUCUAGAGAGGGAGGAGGGGCGGCUAUGUGAUAUUUGUGUAACUCUUGUGUGGUAACUUCUCUCUUCUCUAUUAGUUUGAUGAUAGCCAGCCAUAAGGCAUUGGUGAAAUGUCUGGGCUUCAGAGGAGGAAAAUUAAGACAGAUGGGUAGAGUUAGAGAAAAUGAAUAGAAGAUACCAGCUGGUCCUCUGUAGCUCAGCUGGUAGAGCACAGCGCUUGUAACGCCAAGGUAGUGGGUUCGAUCCCCGGGACCACCCAUACACAAAAAUUUAUACACGCAUGACUGUAAGUCGCUUUGGAUAAAAGCGUCUGCAAAAUGGCAUAUUAGAUAGAAACCGCAGUCAGCUUGUUGAAUUGCCGAGAAAGAGAGAAAGAUGUUAAGUAGAUAUGAUUGAAUGAAAGCAACAUAACACAGUGCGUGGGGUGUGUACUGUGUGUGUAUCUCUUUGUACCUUGUCUCUCUCACUAUCUGUGUUCUUGCAGCCUGUAAGAUUGGCUACUGUCAUGCCCUGGCCACAGACGGCGCCUGCUCCAAGUAGAAUUUUGGAAGCGUUGUAGUUGCGUUCCCUACUGUUGAAUUACCCAGUGCCAGUCACAGCUGAUGGCUCCCUCUCUCCCUCUCUCCCUCUCUCCUACGCUCGCCCUCUCCGUCUGGAUAAUUCUGGGAGCACCAGGUAUGGCCAAAGGUAGUGUGCGUGGAAUGUAGGAGAGCAGGGAGCUUCUGGAAUGUGUCUGUGAUUGAAAAUAACAUUAUAUAAUAACCUGUCAUAAAGUUAUACAGCGCAGCAUGACUUACCAUGGGAACAAAUAGCAGACAGACACAGACACAUCUUACUGACAAACACACACUCCAAAACUGACACACACACACACACAUACACACACUGCAUUAUCUCCUGUGCUCAGUCAUGGACCCAAAACCCCAUUGUGCUGGGGAUAAAACCAGCUCACAUACAUAUGACCUUAGUCCUCUACCGUUUAUGACAGAAUGGCACUAAGAAAAUCGAUCUGUUUAAUAGCUCAGUAUUCUAGCAGGAAACCACAGAGGAAGCAGAAAUAGGAAGACUGCUACAGUGAACCUUACAUGACAAAAGAUCAUUACAGUGAUGGUUCUGCAGCCACCGCCACCUUAAUAUAGAAACCCUCAUCUGUAACUGACUGGAUGGAGGGGUGAGGGAAGAGAGGAGAGGGGAUGAGGGAGGGAGGGAGGGAUGUUUCAUCAUAAUGUUUAAUGAGAACUGAUAGUGGAUUGUCAGAAGAGGGAGGGUUUGAAGGUAGGGGUGAUGCUAAUAUUAACCCAACACACACACACACACACACACACACACACACACACACACACAUUCACACACACACACACAUUCACACACACACACACACACACACUCACUCACUCACACACACACACACACACACACACACACACACACACACACACACACACACCACACACACACAUUCACACACACACACACACACACACACACACACACACACACACACACACACACACACACACACACACACACACACACACACACACACACACACUAUACAUGAGGACCAACUCAAUUCCACACCAGUUCUCCUCUUUCCUUUCUAUCUCUCUCUCUAUCCCUCCAUCCUAAAGGAGAGAGCACUGCUCACUUCCAUCCAAACCAUCUCUAUAGACUAUAAGGAGCCGUUAGAUUGGAACGACCUCCUCUCUCUCUCUCUCUCUCUCUCUCUCUCUCUCUCUCUCGCUCUCUCUCUCCUCCCCAGUACAGCCCCUGUCCUCCAUACUAAUCAGUGGCUUUUUGCUUCCUGGUGAACAGACGGUGUUUGUCUUCUCCUUCUGCCCCCCCCCUCUCUCUCUCUCUCUCUCUCUCUGUCGUCCUCUUCUUUACUAGUUGUAAAUGCAUGGACUAUCACCAGAUUCACCACACAAACACCCAUACUGACACACUCACAUGCACACACUCCUCCAGUCGUUCUCCCCCCCCCCCCCCCCCCCCCCUCUCUCGCUCUGUUUCUCUGUGUAAUCAUUUAUUGCCACGUCGCCCCUCCAAAAAUAACACUGAUAAUUAAUUUCCAUUGUGAAAUGAUUCGUCAGUAGAUGGACUGGCAUUCAUAUUUCACCCCGUGUCGAUCCCUUUGCUCGCCCAUGUGACCUUCAUUAGUCAGAGAGAGGGGGGGGGGGGGGGUUAACUUAAUGACUGUUUGCCAUGUUUGAAAGCAACAUGUGAACUAGGAGUGGACAGUGUGAAACAUUAUAAAAAACAGACCCUAGAUCAAGGCCACUUCUUUAUUACUGGGAUUGAAAAAACAAACUCUGUCAAAUCCCUAAACAGAUCUGGGACCAGCUGGGUUAGGCUCACUGCCAUGGUAACUAAUUACACAUCUACCACAUUAAUGGAACACAAUCAGUUCAGGGAUUACAUUUCAAUUGAUAUCCUGACUAAACCAAGUUGAAGUUGGACUUCCUAACUUCCCAGCCCUUUUCAAAAGAAAAUAAGACCUCAGGAAUAGUUGGGUUAGCAGUGACUGCAAACUAUAAUUAGGAUUUAAUCACUUAGCUACAGCCCCAAAGACAAACACUAUUAUUGAAUUCCCCAAAACAAAGUGUUUUAAUUUCAACUAUUUAGUGUUGUCUUUAUUUGCAACACCAAAGUCUACUCAGUCACUUCAAACCUAGUCUCUUCUCACAGCUGCUUUGUCUGACAGUUACCCAUGAGUUUGGUAAAGUGAGAGUACUUCAGACCAGCUCUCUAACGCUGCACCUUUCUCUCCCUCCUCUCUGUCCCAGGACCCCCGACGGCGCCACUCCACCUCAUCUCCAACGUCAAUGAGACAUCGGUCAACUUGGAGUGGAGCACCCCUCUCUCCUCUGGCGGACGCCAGGACCUCAGCUACAACGUGGUGUGUAAACGUUGCGGGCCCGAGGGGACACGGUGUCAGCCCUGUGGGAACGGGGUCCACUUCAGCCCCCAGCAGCUGAGCCUCAGGGCCACCAAGGUGUCUAUCAAUGACCUGCACGCUCACACCAACUACACCUUUGAGAUCUGGGCUGUUAACGGGGUCUCCCAACAGAGCCCUGGACCUGAGCAGGCCGUGUCGGUGACGGUCACUACCAACCAGGCCGGUGAGUUGGGGUUGGGGUUGGUUGGGGGGAGAUGUGUGUUGGUGGGGAGAGAGAGAUGCUGGAGACUGUUGUUGUUGGUUGUGUUGUCUUGGUAAAGGCUGAGAUGUGCUUUGAAUGUUUGAAUUUUAUUUUAUUUUAAGGGGAAUGGGGAAUCAGGCAACAUUUCCAUUCUAAGGAAUUGUAUUGAUUUGGUUAGGCUUAAUUAAGUUGUUGUGGUCUGUUGGGUAGGGCAGUGUCUGUGUAUUGUUCCAGUGGAAUGGGAUCAUGAAUACCGCGCCUGGCCCUCUACAACCACACUAGAGCUCUCUGCCUGGUGGUGCGCUGAAAGGCCCCUGUUGUUUUGUCGUUCUGCCAUUUUUUCUCCAGUUGUUGUGCAAAUGUGUUUUACGGCUGUGACCUUUCCUUUCCCCUGAUAGAUGAUUAUUACCUCUGGUUUUACUGCGGUGCUCUUGGGUGGCGGGCUAAGUGCCUUUUUGUGUUGCUAUUUUGAUCCCUGGGAAAAGAGAAGAUCUCUUUCUGGUUAGGACAGUGACUGGAUGAUUCUGACUGGCUAUUUAAGGACAGGAUGGCUUGAUUUAUCUGGUCUGGGGAGAAAGAUUAAUGGAUCUGGAGCUGCUGUGAAACCAGUUGUCCUGUGAGCCAAACCUAUGUCAGAGUUGUAUUAGUUAGGCCCCCCCCUACACACACACACACACACACACUAACAUCCCCCUGUGUAGCUCUGGGGUGAUCACCUCACUUUAAAUAUUAAGAUAUAUAAAUGAUGUUGCCUUUGGCUCGUCACUGAAGCAUGUUUCACAACUGUUCUCCAUUCUCUAAUACUUACAUUAAGUUGGCCCUCUGCAGCUGGAGGCAUUGGGAGUGUGUGUGUAUGUGUGGUCAUGCUUGUGCGUGCAUGUGAGGCAAAAAUGUCUGCGUGUGCAGGUUAUUUUGUGUGUUGUGUAGAAUGUGUGCGUGUGUGUGUUAGAGAAUGCGUGUGUGUGUCUGAGAAAGUGUGUGUGCGGGUUGAAGAGAAUAGCACCAGAGUUUGUUGGCUUUCUCCCCUAAUACUCAGUAGGGGUUUUCAGAGCUCUGAUUUCACCCCCUGUAAUCCAGACAGUCAUCUGUGGCUGUCCCUCUCUCUAUAUCACCCCCAUCCAGACACAGUGGAUUACACAUUUAUUAUGAUAGAUUUGUUAUGAUAUGCUCUGUGAAAAGCCACUUGGGCCACCACCCUUGAUCAAGACUCAGGUUUCUGUAGGGAAGAGUGCAGAGGGUGGGAGAGAUUUCUAAUUUCACCAUGAACAAUCCCCCUCGUAAAUCAGACAGGGUGUAACCCCUUCACCCCUCUGGAUGAAGUAAGGGAUUUGUGUGGAGUUGAGGGGUGGCGGUCAGGGUUUUGGGAGGAUGUCCAGCUUUGUGCCGACCUCAGGCUGUAAAUGGAUGUUUAGAAAGUUUACGAGAUCCAGAGUCUUUACUCUACAUCUUGUGUGUCUGUGUGUGUGUGUGUGUGUGUGUGUGUUUGGCUGUGUGUGUCUGUGUGUGUGUGUGUGUUUGGCCGUGUGUUUCUCUCUCUCUCUGUGUGUGUGUGUGUGUGUAUGUCUAAUGUGUUGAAAAGGUAGUGAGUUAGUAUGUGCAAGUGUUUGUCAUUGUGUGUGUGUGUGUGUGUGUUUCCAUCACUAUGCUGAAUCGGAAAUGCAUGUGAACAUGGGGACGUUGUCACGACUGUCUGUGAGAUGCGGUAAACGAAGUCAGGCGCAGGACACAGAACUCUCGGAUACGUACUUUUAAUACGAAAAGGAUUCAAAAGGACACAGAAAAUAACUCCACGCAGGGAGGAAAUAACCCGCUCACAAAAUAGACAACCGUGAAGGGGAAAACAAUAACACACAAAGUACAGAUGAGAGACAGGGGUAAUUAUAAGGGAAACAAUUAACAUAAUGACGAACAGGUGUAAACAAUACAGACAAAACUAAACAAACCCCAAUAACAUCGAACGGCAGCAGCUAGUACUCCGGGGACGACGAACGCCGAAGCCUGCCCGAGCAAGGAGGAGGAGCAGCCUCGGCAGAAUCCGUGACAGUCGUGGGUGGAAGGAGACUUUAUUGGGGAUCUCAUAUGGGGAAACAUUUUCUCGAUGCCCUGAAAAACAGCUCCCACUUCGCCUGUUUUUUCCUCUGCUGCAGCAAAUCAAAUGAUUCCAAUCUGGCAACCAGACUCCAAUAUGGCACCCACAUGUGCUCCCCAGCCUUUGUUUCUUUAAUGUCAAACCAGAAUCCACCACAUAUUCUCCCAACCACACGGUCUGACCACAGCUGGUCCAGUUACCUGAAUAUCUCAGAACGAACAUGUUCACAAAGACAAACUAAUUCACUCAACUCUCUCCCUCUCUUUCUCUCUGCAAGACAAACUAACUCAUUCAAGAGCGUAACUUAUUCACAGGGUCCAACUCUUUCUCACUGUGACAUACAGACUCAGAAAGUAGCUCAAAAAGUAGCUAGCUCAACAAACUUACCCACCAAGACAUUUCCAUCCAUCCAGGGAGCAAACAUUCAACCAAUCUCAGUUUGUCUGUUUUGCUCGUUCCCAGCUCUACUAAUGUGUCUCUGCUUGCUAAUAUAUGCAUGGGCUGCUGUGUGCAAUUGAGUUUCUCCACUGUCUGUGAGCGAUAAUGUGAGUAUGUGUAUGUUUUUUAUGUGUGUUUCCAUCUGUCUGUUGGUAUAAUGAGUUUGUGUGUGUGUGCACACGUGCAUGCAUGCUUGGGUGUGUGUGAGUGAGUGUUGCGGCGGGCGAGCUGUGAAAGAGUUUUUGGAGCACAUUAUUGGGAAAUGAGAUCUGAAUAUUCAUUGCUUUUCCACUUAGUAUUCCAGAAGCGUUUUAGCCCACGCUUUCAGGAGGCGUUAAGACAUUACAGAUCUGCCCCACAUUCAGCUCUGUGUACAGAGGUGCCGGCCAGCCAACUAGUUUACAACGGUUACAUCUCUAAUCUCCUACAUCGCCUGUGUUAUUUUGAUCCUGGCCGAGUGUUUGGCGUGUGAUAGUGACACAAGGUGUGUGUGAGUGUUUUAUCUCCUCUAAACUUUUCCCUGAUUGAUAGUACAGUGUGUGUCCUUCCAUUGUAAACUUCACCUCCUCUAUACCGAGCCUCAGAAGGAACCACUCACAGAAUCACUCAUCUUUAACUUCACUUUAGCCUUUGGAAAAAAAGCAACAAGAGGACCAGAACACGUUUAAAUCGCCAUAUCUGUCAUCUUUGGAGAAAAAAUGGAUGUGUGGAUUACCUAAGGGGAAUGGGCCGGCUAACCCUUUGGGUUUCUUUCUGGUCGGGAGCGUCCCUGGCCACCUCCGGGGGGCCCUUCAAAGUGGGUCUGGCUGCCAGGCGCCCUCCAGUAAGAUUGAUUUGAGGGUUACAAAUGGCCACCGUUCUAAUUGUUUAACAGAGGCAACACUUUAGCCCGACCGGCAGGAUGACACAACCCAGGGAAAUCUAUUUACCGCCGCUCGCUCUGAGAGCUGUCUGUACACCCCCCCACCCCUUUACCGCCGCUCGCUCUGAGAGCUGUCUGUACACCCCCCCACCCCUUUACCCCUGCUCGCUCUGAGAGCUGUCUGUACACCCCGCCACCCCUUUACCGCCGCUCGCUCUGAGAGCUGUCUGUACACCCCCCCACCCCUUUACCGCCGCUCGCUCUGAGAGCUGUCUGUACACCCCCCCACCCCUUUACCGCCGCUCGCUCUGAGAGCUGUCUGUACACCCCCCCACCCCUUUACCGCCGCUCGCUCUGAGAGCUGUCUGUACACCCCCCCACCCCUUUACCGCCGCUCGCUCUGAGAGCUGUCUGUACACCCCCCCACCCCUUUACCGCCGCUCGCUCUGAGAGCUGUCUGUACACCCCCCUCUACCCUGUUCCAGACCCAUCGCCCCCCUCCAACCCCCACCGCCCCCACCACUGAAACCUAACCCAUCGUUGGUGCUUGGAUUCCAGGCCUGGUUGAACUCAAUCCCUCCCUAAAAGCCUGGUUGUGUUAACAUUAGAGUGAACACUAGCCUCCCAGGACAGUAACCCCUGGACUGGUCAGGGGGAAUACAAUGUAUAUAUUGUCACAGAUAAUCCAAUCAUAAUCAAGGAUGAGGGUCGCCUCAUUAAUCACAGCAGUGUAAUUGUUUAAAAGGCAGCAGCAGGAAGACUGUGUAGGAUAGCAAGGUUACGGUAACCAGAGUCACGGGUCAGAGAUUCACUUAGCCUCUACAGUAGACCUACUCUAGCUAACUUUAAAUGGCAGACGGUAGGCUACCGAACCAUCAGCAACAACGUUUUAAGCUUUGGGGAUGUGAGGAUAAUGUAAGGUAGACUAUGGUAGAGAUUCAGGAUAGUGUGUGUGACUGGGUCUGUGUGUGACUGGGUCUGUGUGUGACUGGGUCUGUGUGUGACUGGGUCUGUGUGUGACUGGGUCUGUGUGUGACUGGGUCUGUUUGACUGGGUCUGUGUGUGACUGGGUCUGUGUGUGACUGGGUCUGUGUGUGACUGGGUCUGUGUGUGUAAUGUGUAUAUAUGGGGGAAGGGUUAAUGGGUGUUGAAGCUUUGCCAAGGUUUUAUUUGGAGGCUGUUGAGCAGGCGAAAGGCUGGAAGGGUGUAUGUUUCUCCCUGAAGGGCUCUACAGUGCGAACAUUUUACUUGCAUAUGCGUCUAAAUAUUUUGCUGUGCGACCUGGAAUUUUUAUUUAGGAGCACCAGUGCGCCUAGAAGAAUGAAGGAUUCUAGCUUCAAUAUCUCAAAUAUUUUUCAACUUAGGUGCACACGUGCUCCUUGUAAAAAAGGUCAGCGUAGAGCCCUGCCGUGUCUGAAGACGUCUUUGAACUCCACCGUCCAGCUCUACCUGACUGUGUGUGUGUGUGUGUGUGUAUGUGUACUCUGCCUGUCUGUUUGUCUGUGUGACCCUCUAUCUAUAACUGUAUUUCUCUUUCCUUGGGCAUGAGUGUGUGCUGGUCUUUUGUAGGCUCCGCCUCUGCAUUUGUCAGUGCUUUUCGAUCAGUAAGUGGAUGUUUUUUUCCCAGACAAUGAAAUCCAUAUGGAUGAUGUGUCUCUGUAGUGUCGUCUGUGCCUGACUCUGACCCAAUUUGUGUGUUGUCAGUCUCUGAGCUAGAGGUUUGACUUUUGGAGCGAGUUGGGAGGGAGUGAGUGUGAGCUGUUAUCUGUGUUUUAACCUUCACAUGUUAAAGGGGGAACACAGAGCAGCUGGUUGAAAUACUGUUUCACUAUGGGCUGCUGUAGAAUGGGCUUUAGAUAAUGAUCUCUGCCUACGUUUAAUAAAAAACUAUUGAUUGGCAAGAAGACAGAGCAGCAACAGCAAGGGAGCAGGGGAGACGUCAUAGCAAUGCAGUGGUUUCCCAGGGUGACCGAAGAAUCUUUGGAAUUGGCGGGGCAGGAAGUGAGAUAGUCCUUAGCUUAGCUUGGAGCAUCUGCUGUGUGGAGAAGAAGGGAGAUGGAUCUGAAACUAACCUUGUAGCCGUAGGCAAUGGGAUGGUUUGUUUUGAUGCUUUCCAACCAUUUGGCUUAGCAAUAGAGCUUCACCAUUGGACUCCUUAGGUGUAGCAUUGUAGCCGUAGCCAUUUAGCUGUACAGCGCCUAAGCCCUUUGACUGGGAGCCAAGCUGACAGACAGACAGAGUUGAUUGCCUCAUGGCAUGUUCUGGUGACAUUCUCAGCAAGAGCAAUAGGAAAGAAACAGACUUAGGGGCUCAGAGGGUCAAAACAACAAGACAGCAAAGGUCAAUGCUAAAAUCUCUCUCUCUUUUUCUCUUUUCUUUCUGUCCAUAGCCCCGUCUCCCAUCAACUCCAUCCAGGCCAAGGACAUCACCAGACACACCAUCUCCCUGGCCUGGCAGCAGCCUGAGAAAGCCAACGGGGUCAUCCUGGAGUAUGAGGUCAAAUACUACGAGAAGGUGAGGUGGGAAAUGCAGUUCUCUGGGAAUGCAGUUUUUUUCCUCAGGCUUCAGAAUAACAUUGAACCUGACAGGUUGAUAAUUCUACAUUUUUAUGAACAGUGAAAAGGUGACAAUCCGACACUGUAGCCUCUCAGGAAUCUAAAGUAAGAACAUUUGUCAUGCCAGGAAAACCACCUCAAUUAUUUUCAUCCCUCUCUCUCCUUCAGGACCAGAAUGAGAGGAGUUAUCGCAUUAUCAAGACGUCGUCCAGGAACACUGACAUCAAGGGCCUGACUCCUCUGACCUCCUACGUGUUCCACGUGCGCGCUCGCACCGCCGCCGGCUACGGAGAGUUCAGCGCUCCCUUCGAGUUCAUGACCAACUCUGGUGAGUGGAGCGCUACCUUGACAGCAUCACACAAUUCACUGUGAUGAUGUCAUAGUGACACAGAGCAAGUGUAAACAUGUGUUCUGUUUUAGCACACGCUACCCACUUACAUCUUUCUCACCACUUCUAACAUGUUGGAACAUUAAUGAUAUAGUCAUAACGUCAGAUGCUGAUAUUACCUGUUUUAAUACAUCUGAAUAACACCUAAACAUUCAACAAACAUUCAAACUCAUAAGUAUAAUAUUGACUGUUAUGAACAAUCCUGACCUACAAUAAGAGGCCCUAUGUCAUCUGAUCGUCCAAUGUGGGCAGGAUGACGUCUGUUCUGUCCUGUAGUGAAACAUUGGGAUCCGUCUAGGCACAGGUGUCUCUUUGUGAUGAGAUAGAGAUAGUGGCCCAUGAUAAUGACACACUGAAGCACACAGCUCUUUGCUCAUUGGAAUGGUACUGCAUUGUGUCUCAAUGGGCCUCUGAGAAGCACAAUACUUUAUGGGGACUCAUAACAUGGAGGAUAGGGAACAAGGACAAAUACUCUGGGCCACACACAGAGGGAGAGAGGAAGGGAGAGGAGGUUAAUGACGAUGGCAAAUAGAACAUCUACUGUAGGUUUUACAUCUCUGGACCUGAUUAGACUGAAUGAUAUUGACUUGAAUCUAUAUUGACCGAGAGGGAGGGAGAGAGAGCGAGAGAAAGCGAAGGGGGGAAAGGGAGAGAGAGCGAGCGAGAGCAGCGACGCGGUAUCGAGAGGAGCGAGAGGAGAGACGAGAGAGGAGCAGAGAGAGAGAGAGAGAGAGAGAGCGAGAGCGAGAGAGAGCAGCGAGAGAGCGAGAGAGAGAGGAUCAGAAGCGAGCGAAAGGGUAUCUCUCUCUCUCCGUAAUACCUCUCUAUCUCCUAUGUCUUCUAUCUCCUCUCUUUCAACUCCUCUCUUCCUCUCAUAUUCAGUUCCAGCUCCUAUCAUCGGAGAUGGGACUAACUCCACAGUGUUGCUGGUGUCUGUGGUGGGCAGUGUUGUUCUCCUCCUCAUCCUCAUCAGUGCCUUCGUCAUCAGCAGGAGGUGAGACUCUCAUCCCUCUCUCUCUCUCUCUCUCUCUCUCUCUCUCUCUCUCUCUCUGUCUCUCUCUCUCUCCCUGUUUUAUUUCUCUCCAUCUUGCCUCUGUGAUGAGAAUGUCUUGCUGGGCAGCUGCAGAGGCAGGCUUGAAAAAGUGGCUGUCACACGUCGACGAUAGGUACACACACACACUAACACACAGCCCCAGUGAGUGAUGUGUAGCCACACCUGAGACAUGAUUGACGGUGUGACAGCUGAAGAGAUGUAAUCAGCGACCCUCACUCCUCUUCUCCCACUACAUCGCCUCUUUCCUCUCUCCCCCUCUCCUCCCUCCAUCUCUAUCCCUCUAUCUCUCGCUAUGGCUGUAAUAUGGGGUGGUAGUUAGUUUCUGUGACCUGCGGGGAGAUGGAGAGCGAGAGAGACAGUGAGAGAGUAGGAGAGAUAGAGAGGGGCAGAAGAAGAGAGAAAAAGUGAGCGAGAAGGAGGCAGCAGGUGGAUCUGCAGUGACCCAAUCAGAGGGUGUUAACCAGUGAGCAGUAGAGCAGGACAAAGCAGUGACACACAGAUGGGAUUACAUGCAGAUGGGGUCUCUCUCUUCACGCUUUAACCACGCUCUGUCUUUUACUGGCCAGUGUUUGUUUGUGUGUGUGUGUGUGUGUGUGCACUCCUGUGUGAUUGCACACUUCUAUAUGUAUGAGAUAGAGAGAGUGUGUGGGCGAUGGAGAAGGGGGAUGUUUGUGUGUGUGUGUGUGCGCGCUUAUGUGUGUGUGAUUGCGGCUCUUCCAGCCAAGCAGGUGGCCGUCUUUGAUUCAUAUUAAUUGACGGUAACUGUCUGUCAUUGUGUCUUGACCAUCCUGUGGGGGAGGGGUGGGUAGCGCUCUGCGUGGCUCACAGAGCUGUUUAACAGUCAUUAAAAGGACAGAGAGGCACAUUGUCAUGUUUAAAAGUCAUUAGUGCAACAUUGUCCUGCACAUCUGGUGGUCUUAGACAGCCAGUGAACACAUCAAUAAUAACACCAUGGACUUGCUCUGUGCUGAUGAACCUAGCUAACCACGUCGGCCAUGUUGUUUUUGUCCCCAGAAAGAGUAAGUACAGCAAGGCCAAGCAGGAUGCUGAUGAAGAGAAACACCUACACCAAGGUAGACCACUCACUGUACUCAACCUAUGCUAGUAGAAACGUUCACUGAUCAGCGACAUCAUUCGUUAUUUCAUUGUUGCUAGAAGAGCCUCUGAAAAAAUUGUGAAUGAAAUGUGUAUUCCAAAAGUAAUGCCAUAUAACAUUCAUCACAGUAUUCUCCAGUGAAAACCUAUUGACAAGACAAAUACAUUAAUAUUAUUUUAGACUCUUAUUAUUUAACUCUGAAAUUAGAGUUAUUACACCAAUCUAACAGAGACAUUGGAUGGAGAGAUGAGGAAUUAAAGGAUAAAGGAGAAGAGAGAGGUGAAAGAGAGGAAGGCAGUAUAAAAUGAAGAACAGAGGGGGCUCUAUUGGUCAGAAUGCAUUAACCUUCCCUUUUCUCUCCUCCUUUCUCUCAGGAGUGAGGAUAUACGUAGACCCCUUCACCUACGAAGACCCCAACCAGGCUGUCCGAGAGUUUGCCAAGGAGAUUGACGCUUCCUGUAUCAAGAUUGAGAAAGUCAUUGGCAUCGGUACGGACUGGACUUACUAAUGCACAUACUUUUACUAUGUCAACAUGACCGUUCUGUCAGACUGGUAAUAUUUGGCCAGACUCAUUGGGUCAAUAGACAAUAAAAUGACUUGGGAGGGAAAAUAUAAUGUUCCUGUUUUCCCCUGUCUGCCAGUGGAAAAAGUCAGCUGGUGCUCGACUGAGAAGGAGGGAUUGGGGAUCAGAGGGGGUCGAUCAAUUAUUAAAGUACAGCCCCCUUUCCCACCCCCACCUGUUCCCUUCUCUCCCUCUAGUAGAAAUAAGUGUGUGGUAUCUGUGUUAUUAGGUUUUUUCUUGACCAUGUUGAAAAUAUGUGAGUUUGAUAAGGUGUGUGUUUUUGUGUGUGUUCCAGGUGAGUUUGGGGAGGUGUGCAGCGGUCGUCUGAAGAUGCCAGGGAAGAGGGAGAUCUGUGUGGCCAUUAAGACACUGAAGGCAGGAUACACAGACAAGCAGAGGCGGGACUUCCUGUCUGAGGCCAGCAUCAUGGGCCAAUUCGACCAUCCAAACAUCAUUCACCUGGAGGGAGUGGUCACCAAGUGUAAGUAGGAUCCUGAUUGGAGGAUUUUUAAAAGGCGUAAAUCAAAUUAUUGUGGAGCUUAUAAUAUAGAAACCCAAUCAUAUACUCUAUAUUUUUCCUAUGGACAACAUAAACUAUGAUUAGACAAAAUAAACCUGAAAGGGACAAGCUCAUACAAUGUCUGUGGUUUUGGGUGACUUUGGAGAUAGCAAGGGGGGGAAGGGGGGUUGUUCCCAUCCCAGCCCUGUUACCCAGAGGGCCGUGGGUAGGGGGUAGGGGUGGUGUGGGUCCGGACACAGCGCCCAUCCUGGGAAUCCCCAGGUGGUUGGAGUCCAGAUGGAACAGGUCUGAUGCAGGUUGGCUACAGGGGCUAAUGUGUUCUGCGCUGUAGCUAGCUCAUUAAUCAUGGUGUCAGCUGUAAAUAUGUUUGGGGUUAGAGAGUGAUACCCUAUCUGCAGGACAGACCCUCUACUGCCGCCACACCAGACGCUGGCUUCUUACCCCUUCACCCCUUAUUGUUUAGAGUGUGUGAUGGGGUUAGGGGGUGUAUGUGUGGGAAACUAGUUGUGUGUUCAGUUCGUAGUGCAUUGCGUGGUGUUUGAGAGAGAGAGUUUGUAUUGAUGUCAUACUGGUUUAGCGUUUUAUUUCUUCAUGUCUUUUACUAUGAAUGUGUGUCUGUUCACCUUUGAUUAGGUACAUGUGUGUGUGAGUGUUACCUCAGAGUCCCAGUUAUCUUGCCUGGUUAUAUGGACAGACUGGUAUAGUGGAGGGGGGGAAGGAAAAGGGAGGCUGAAAGACAAGCAGACACUGAGAGAGAUGGAGAGAACGAGUAAUUGAGAUACCAGACUGGAAACAGAAACAGUUUGAGAGUAGAGGACUGCAUCCAAUUUCCCUCUCCCCUUCCUCCCGUCUUUGUAAUGACAAAAACCAGUUUCUCUGCAAUUAGUCCUUCACACUUGAGUGUGUCGGUGGAAUCUAUUAAGAAUCCAUUAUUUGAAUUGCAUUCCAAUCUAGUUAAAAGGGACUUCCAUCUCGCCUCAGUACGGCAUCACUGCAUAUCCAAGAGGCCAAUUAAGUCUUAUUAAUUAUUGAUGAAGACUAAAUAUGCACUAAAUACAUAAAUAGGCUAAAAUCAGAGACUCAGAGUUGAGCCAGAAUAGCCUCUCAUCUUGGCCUUUUAUUUUUCAUAGCAUCACUCUGACAUAAUAAAAACCCCUGGCCGUCCAUCGUUAGUCGUUAACACUUUGAGCCUUCCCAGCUUUCCUUUAGGAUGUGAUCAAUUUAAAUUCCCACAUGUACAUAAUGUAAGCGCUCCUAAAUUUAUAAGGGUCCUUUUAUAAAAAAAAUGAUCAAUAAAAACUACAUCCAGUGAGAGUUAGUAGCAGGCCUCUUUGUGUUCUCCCCCGCCAUCGGCUCUCUAUAAUAACGUCCCCCUAACGUUACCUCAACGUUCUCCAAACAUUCUCCUAUACGUUAUCCUCUACCCUCCCUAGCCAUUUUUUUGGGCAGGUGAUAAUUGGCCUAUUGGCGGGGCCCCUGCUCAGAGCUCAUUGCCAAAGGCGGCGGGACAUAUUCAGUAAACAAGACAUUAGCAUGCCAAUAGGCUGGGAGGAAGAGGGCGGGGCUGAGAAGGGGCGAGCUGGGGCUCGUAGGUCAGACGCUCCUCAGACUUGGUUGGGGAGCUGUCAAUCAGCAGCGGCCCGGGGCAGCAGGGGAGAACAAAACAGAACAAAGAUGGUUGACAAAUAUGGUUGAACUCCACUUCCUCUUUGGGGCGUUGCUAUAGCCCUGUAAGUCAUGGAGUGCCAAUCACGCGCCACACGGAGCCGUGACUGACAGCCUCUUGGCAAUCGGAUCGGUUCCACUGCAGAGUGGGAGAACUUCACCUUCAGACCCUGAAACUACUAACUACUUUACUCACUGGAACUAGACACUAAUAACUAGGAAACACUCUAAUAACUCUCAAAUGUAUUUCUAAUAACAGUUCAAAUGUGAGUAUACAUGUUUAAAAUCAUUAAUAAUCAUAGCACAGUAUCUAACAAUUCCAAGUGGAGUUAAAAGUAAACUCUUCGCCAUGUGUUUGCUGUAUGGCUGGUUAGGCAGGCACCAUCAUGCUAGCGCUAUGGGAUAAACCACACUGCGCCUCCAUCUCUCCCCCCUCCUCCCCUCUACCUCCCAGAGCCACACAAACCUUCACAGAACCACCAGGGAAUCUCCCUCCUGCUGAAAGAAAGAGACAGACACUCCCCCGAGAGAGAGGGAGAGAGAGGGCGAGAGAGAAAGACAAAGAGAGAAAGAGAGAGAGAGAGAGAGAGAGAGAGAGAGAGAGUAGAGAGAGAGGGCCGGGAUGAGGGAGGGGAGAGGGUAGUGAUCUGCUGGAGGAGAGAGAUAUAGAGAGAUAGAGAGCGAGAUGAUAGGAGAGCACCGAUUAGAGAUGGGAUUUGGUGAGAAAGGGUAACUGAAAAGUAUGUGGCAGAGUGACAUGGACCAAAAGAGGAAAGUGUGAGAUGGGAGAAAGAAACCUAGAGGAGAGGAGGCUGGAGGGAGAGUGACAGAAUGUACAGAAGGUUGGCAUGAAAGGAGGAAAGGAGCAGAGAGAAUGGUGAAUGACAUAAAUAGACAGAUUGUCAUAGAUUCAUAGAGAUUGUGUAUACAGUGCCUUCAGAAAGUAUUCAUACCCCUUGACUUAUUUCACAUUUUGUUGCGUUACAGCCUGAAUUCAAAAUUGAUUAAAUAUAUUUUUUUCUCACCAACCUACAUAUAAUACCCCAUAAUGACAAAGUGAAAACAUGUUUUUAGAAAUGUUAGCACAUUUAUUGAAAAUGAAAUACAGAAAUAUCUCAUUUACAUAAGUAUUCACACCCCUGCUUCAAUUAAUUGUAGAAGCACCUUUGGCAGCGAUUACAGCUGUGAUUAUUUCUGGGUAAGUCUCUAAAAGCUUUCCACACCUGGAUUGCACAACAUUUGCCCAUUAUUCUUUUCAAAAUUCUUCAAGCUCUGUCAAAUUGGUUGUUGAUCAUUGCUUCACAACCAUUUUCAGGUCUUGCCAUAGAUUUUCAAGUAGAUUUAAGUCAAAACUGUAACUCUGCCACUCAGGAACAUUCACUGUUUUCUUCGUAAGCAACUAGGUUAUUGUCCUGCUGAAAGGUGAAUUCAUCUCCCAGUGUCUGUUGGAAAGCAGACUGAACCAGGUUUUCCUCUAGGAUUUUGCCUGUGCUUAGCCCCAUUCCCUUAAUGUUUUUAUUUUGAAAAACUCCCCAGUCCUUAACGAUUACAAGCAUACCCAUAACAUGAUGCAGCCACCACUUGAAAAUAUGGAGAGUUGUACUAAGUAAUAUGUUGUAUUGGAUUUGCCCCAAACAUAACACUUUGCAUUCAGGACAAAAAGUGAAUGGCUUUGCCACAUUCUUUGCAGUAUUACUUUAGUGCCUUGUUGCAAACAGGAUGCAGGUUUUGGAAUAUUUGUAUUCUGUACAGGCUUCCUUCUUUUCACUCUGUCAAUAAGGUUAGUAUUGUGGAGUAACUACAAUGUUGUUGAUCCAUCCUCAGUUUUCUCCUGUCACAGCCAUUAAACUCUGUAACUGUUUUAAAGUCACCAUUGGCCUCAUGGUGAAAUCCCUGAGCGGUUUCCCCCUCUCUGGCAACUGAGUUAGGAAGGACGCCUGUAUCUUUGUAUUGACUGGGUGUAUUGAUACACCAUCCAAAGUGUAAUUAAUAACUUCACCAUGCUCAAAGGUAUAUUCAAUGUCUGUUUUUUUUUUUACCCAUCUACCAAUAGGUGCCCUUCUUUGCAAGGCAUUGGAAAACCUCCCUGGUCUUUGUGUUUGAAUCUGUGUUUGAAAUUCACUGCUGGACUGAGGGACCUUACAGAUAUUUGAAUGUGUGGGGUACAGAGAUGAGGUAGUCAUUAAACAAUCAUGUUAAAGACAAUUAUUGCACACAGAGAGAGUCCGUGCAACUUAUUAUGUGACUUGUUAAGCAAAGCUUUACUCCUGAACUUAUUUAGGGUUGCCAUAACAAAGGGGUUGAAUACUUAUUGGCUCAAGACAUUUCAGCUUUAAUUUGUAAAUUUGUCUAAAAACACUUUGAGAUUAUGGGGUAUUGUGUGUAUGCCAGUGGAAAAAAAUAUCUACAUUUAAUCCAUUUAAAAUUCAGGCUGUAACACAACAAAAUGUGGAAAAAGUAUAGCGGUGUGAUACUUUCUGAAGCGACCGUAUGUGCACAUUUCUUGCGUUUGCUUGUUAGUGUACUUGAGUGUGUGUGUGGUGUGUGUGUGUGUGUGUGUGUGUGGUGUGUGUGUGUGUUUGGUGUUAUGUUACAGUAGAGAUCCCUUUCCGUGUGUAGAGUAAGUGGUAGACAUGAGGACUGUUACACAGAACUAAUUAAAUCACUACAGGACUGAGACAAAUGGUGUACCACACACACACACACACACACACUCACCUGAGAACCACUGCUCUCCUGCUGCGCUGGGCUGUGAUGUGCAUCAUUUACUUACAUAAUCAUCUGCCUUUCAUUUUCUCUCUCUCUCUCUCUCUCCUCUCUCUCUCUCUCUCCCUCUCAUCUCUCUCCUCUCUCUCUCUCGCUCUCGCUCGCUCUGUCUCACUCUCGCUCUGUCUCGCUCUUUCUUCAGGUAAACCAGUGAUGAUUAUCACAGAGUACAUGGAGAAUGGCUCGCUGGAUGCAUUUCUGAGGGUAAGUCAUGCAGUGUGUGCGUAUUCAACUCUGUGUGUGGUAUGUGUCUGCUUACGUAUGUUCAGAACUCUAGCGUGACUAUUACGGACGAUAUCCUCUUAAUGAAUGUCAAACAAGAAACAUCAUCAAGAUUAUGAUUACUUACUAUCUACAAUCAUCAACACAUCCUGCCAGUACACUGCAUACAAACAUUACCUAACAUUAAUUUCUUUGUUUGUUUGGUUCUCUAGAAGAAUGACGGGCGUUUCACGGUGAUCCAGCUGGUGGGCAUCUUGCGUGGCAUCGCAUCAGGCAUGAAGUACCUGUCUGAUAUGAGCUACGUUCACAGAGACCUGGCCGCACGCAACAUCCUGGUCAACAGCAACCUGGUGUGUAAGGUGUCUGACUUCGGAAUGUCACGAGUACUGGAGGACGACCCCGAGGCUGCAUACACCACCAGGGUAAGAGAGCGUAUGUGGCUGUAGUGUUAAUCAAUUUCAGUGUGAGUGUAUCUACCUGUCAGCAUUUGUAUGUGUUUUUAUGCUUGUAUGUAUUUACAUUUUAGUCAUUUUAGCAGAUGCUCUUAACCAGAGCGACUUACAGUUAGUGAGGGGAUACAUUUUUCAUACUGAAAUGUAUCUAUGUCUUUGGUACAGUAUGAGCGAUACUAACAGCCUGUUACCUGUCAAUCACAGGGAGGGAAGAUCCCCAUUCGCUGGACAGCCCCAGAGGCCAUCGCCUACAGGAAGUUCACCUCGGCCAGCGACGUGUGGAGCUACGGCAUCGUCAUGUGGGAAGUGAUGUCAUACGGAGAGAGGCCAUAUUGGGACAUGAGUAACCAGGAUGUAAGUGUACAAUGAGAACAUAUUCAGGUUUAAAACAUCAAAUAAUAAUUAUGUUAUGUCAUAAUAAAAAGUAUUAUCUGUGCAAUUGUUAUGUUUCCAUCCUAUUAUUCAAUUAUAAUAACAUCAUCAUUACAGUGUAUUUAGGAUGGCUGAGUAAUCCAGCUCACAGUCUACCAUCAACCCUAACCUCUGCCCCCUCUCCCCUCAGGUGAUCAAGGCCAUAGAUGAGGGGUACAGGCUGCCCCCGCCCAUGGACUGCCCUGUGGCACUGCACCAGCUGAUGCUGGACUGCUGGCAGAGGGAGAGGGGCGACAGGCCCAAGUUUGGCCAAAUCGUCAACAUGCUAGACAAACUGAUCCGGAACCCCAACAGCCUGAAGAGGACUGGAGGAGAGACCACACGGUGAGACAGGGAUUUCCUGAGAGAGAGAGAGAGAGAGAGAGAGAGAGAAGGAGAGAGAGAGAGAGAGAGAGAGAGAGAGAGAGAGAGAGAGCGAGAGAGAGAGAAGGAGAGAGAGAGAGAGAGAGAGAGAGAGAGAGAGAGAGAGAGAGAGAGAGUGAAUUAAUGGAACUGAAUCCCAUAAACAGCUUUUACAGUUAAAGAAGGGGGGAGAAAUGUUCUACAGAGGGUACAGGUAGCAACAUCUCAAAUCCACAUACUGGUUCCAUGGCUCAAGGAGAUGGAGAAAGACCCCCAAAGCACCAGAGUAUGUUUCACAAUGACUUUCACAACGAAGCAGGGGCCUGUGUAUUACCCCCAGAGCUCCCCCCACCCCACCCUGACUCCCUCAACAGUCCCCAGCCCUCCCCCCAGCCAGACAAAAGUGUUGCUUGAACCCAGUGGCCCAAGCCUCUUAGCCAACACCUGUUAAAUUAUGGAGGAGGGGAGCAGUGGAGCGGGACCGUAGUGAGCGUGCUCAGUCCCUCACCUCGGCCGCACCGUCCCUGGGUAAAUAUUUGAUGGCAGACAUCGUUGUGAAGGAGGGAUGUAAAAGGAGGGGAAAUGUAGUUCUCUGUUGGUGUGUGCUUUUAAAGAACGACACGAGUCAUGAUGAAUAUCAAGAGGAGAAGCAGUGUGCGGUUAAAACCACAGUGUGUGUUGUUAAUGUUUUCUCUUUAAAUAACGAUUAACUAACUGUGUCGGUGACACCAGGGAGGAACUGUGUUUCACUUGGCUUCUGUCUUGGAGGACAAAUGGAGAUGGGACGCAUGCUAGCGCUUAGUUUGAAUAACCUGCUGAUUCCGUCAGAAAAAAAGAUGUGUGUGUGUGUGAGAGAGAGGGGGAGAGAGACAGAAAGAAAGAAGAGAGGCUGAAGAAUUACAGUUCCUUUUUCAAAGCCUCAGGGUAGACGGCAGUUCACAUGUGCCUGGCCCCUGUGAUAGGCUAACGUCAGAUGAUCAGAAACAUAAUUACCCAUGAGGCCAGAGAGCACCGUGUCUCUCCCACCUCCUCAGGUCCUGAUUUAAUUGGUUGUUCUGGUGUAGUAGUUAUGUCUGAGUUACAGGUGAGGUGAUGUAGGCCCCGUGUAGCUCAGUUGGUAGAGCAUGGCGUUUGCAACGCCAGGGUUGUGGUUUCAAUUCCCACGGGGGGCCAGUAUGAAAAUGUAUGCACUCACUAACUGUAAGUCGCUCUGGAUAAGAGCAUCUGCUAAAUGACUAAAAUGUAAAAUGUAAAAAAAUGUAAGAAACAAGAGCAGUGCCAUUCUAAUCCAUCAGUUUCUUACUGCCAAGUCGUUUGACAACAGUUUCUCAAAAUGGUGGCUUAGGUAGCUUGAUACACAGUUAGUGGGUUGAGGCUUAUUCAUUUCGGUCAAUGGGUAAAGAUUGUAGUUAUUAAAUAUAUAUAUAUAUAUAUAUAUUUGGAGGGUCAAAAGAAAACUCACUAAAGAUUUAGGUGGGUUAGACAACUGAAAGGUUUAGGUACUGUUGCUUUAAUAUAGUGGAAAUUGUCUGGAUGUAGACUGACCAUCUCCCCCUCCAUCCCUCUCCAUCCCCAGACCCAGCACCACCCUCCUGGAGCCAGUCAGCCCGGAGGUGUCCUCGGCCCUGGGCUCUGUUGAGGACUGGCUGCAGGCUAUCGGCAUGGAGAGAUACAGCGACAACUUCACCGCAGCAGGAUACACCACCCCAGAGGCUGUGGUUCAUAUGACACAGGAGUGAGUUAUGCUUGGUUUACUCAGCAUUUAUGCAUCCAGGAGAGACCUGUCUGACUUUUUUACUCAUUUAUAUUAGGCCGGGUUGACACCUAGAGAGGCUGUUAAAUCUGUCAUAUGAAUCAGGAAGCUGUCAUAGUUUAUCUUGGUUCCUAAUGUUUUCUUUCCUCCUCUUGUUAAAACAGGGACAUGGGCCGAAUUGGAAUCUCCUCAACUGCACACCAGAAUAAGAUCCUGACCAGCGUCCAGGGAAUGCUCUCCCAAAUGCAACAGAUGCAAGGCAGAAUGGUU